GGAGAGCUCGGCGGUGACGCGAAGCCCUCACGUGACCGCGAGCUGCAGAGCGACGCAGCCUUCGGUGCAGUCGUCACUCGUGUCUGGGUACCAGCUCCCCGCUGCCCUACGCACGGCGGGCUGGCAUCGGGCCCUGGGGAAGCGGAGCAGGUCUGCGGGACUAGGCGUCGCGGCGGCGCACUCGUGGCGAGAAUCAGGAGGAGCAGGAGACAGCAAGCAUAGGCCCAGAAAAAUCACCAGGGAAAAAAAUCUCAUCAUGGCAAAUAUCCACCAGGAAAACGAAGAAAUGGAGCAGCCCGUGCAGAAUGGAGAGGAAGACCGCCCUUUGGGAGGGGGCGAAGGCCACCAGCCAGCAGGAAAUAAUAGACGGGGACAGGCUCGCCGACUUGCCCCUAAUUUCCGAUGGGCCAUACCCAAUAGGCAGGUCAACGAUGGGAUGGGUGGAGAUGGAGAUGAUAUGGAAAUGUUCAUGGAGGAGAUGAGAGAAAUCAGGAGAAAACUUAGGGAGCUGCAAUUGAGGAAUUGCCUGCGUAUCCUUAUGGGGGAGCUCUCUAAUCACCAUGACCAUCAUGAUGAAUUUUGCCUUAUGCCUUGACUCCUGCCAUUUUCCAUGAGAUUAAUACUGUGAUUCCCACUGUUGUUCUCCUUUUCCUUGCAUUUUCCUGAUAUGCCUUUACUGAUCCGUUUGCUGUGAACCUUAUGUAAUUUCCAUGUGUCAGGUGGGUUCUUGUGUUACCAGCUUCUAAUUGGAGAUUGCCUUGGCACGCAAUCUGUUUCUGUCAACAGUAGCGUUUCACCCAUUUGCAUGGAAAAAUGUAAAGUUAAUAAAGCAAUUAAAAAUCAA